AAAAGGGAAAUCGAGGCGCCGAAAAAGAGGGGGAGGCACCCCGCCGACGCCAGGAUCCAACCGGAGAGAGAGAGAGCGAUGAAGAUGACAAGGGGCAUCGAGCAUAGUCAGGCGCACCAUGGAAACGAGACAUCUGACUAGGCAUUUGCCAUUGGAUUUUGAUGAGCACAACAGGUGGGCACAGAGGCACGUAGGAAGAAGUUGUGGCGUGAGGUAGCCCCUAGCCCGGAGUAUACGGUCUGAGCGAGCCAAUUCGAUCAUUCCGGCAUUUCGGAGGUACAAUGGGACGAUCGACUGGGAGGAUCAUCUGAACAAUUACUUCACAAAGAUGCAGUUGUAUAGCAGCUCCGACACCACCAUGUGUCGAGCGUUCCUAUCCACGGUCACAAGAGUGGUUCUAGACUGGUACCACCAAAUCGAGGAGGGAAGGAUAGAGUGCUUUGAGGAAUUCGCCGCCAUGUUCUUGUCAAAAUUCGCAAGUAGAAAGUGCAUGACCCUUACCAUCAUAGCCCUAUUCAAGGUGCACCAGAGGCAGAACGAAGGGCUCAGAGACUUCUACGAGUGGUGGAUGUCGGUGGCGAUGGCGGUCAAGGAUGUCAAGUCACCGGUCUUGUGGUGUUGCUUGGAGGAGUGUACGACGAGCGAAGAGUUAUGUAAGGAAAUCUCAAAAUGGGAAGCAACGGCCAUAGAAGACUUCGAGAGGAGAGUGCAGAAGGUCAUUAUGCUUUAAGUAACUCUCAUGGCUCGAAGAAUGGACAAGCGAAAGGGAAGGGUCAAAGAAAGGAUACAUGGCGCCACGCAUGCAAAUUAUCCCAGUUAAUGCGUCCUACGCGCGACAAGGAGAGAUGACACGCCCCAUGGCAAAAUUUUUGAAUUCCACAUGGAGAGGGGGCAUCAUACGACAUAUUGCUACCAACUCAAGUAUGAGAUUUAAGGGUUGGUUGAACGAGGAAUGCUGAGUGAUUUCGUGAAUAAGGGGGAUGAUAAAGCACAUCGGACGUUCAUGGCACAAUAUAAAAGGACAGAGGCACCCGACGAAGAAUUUUGGAUGCCAGGCGCUUACCGUGAGGUAAAAGGAGUGUUGUCCACCCUCCUCCCCCCUUCGAUGUGGAUCCAGAGACCAACGCGUGGAGCGUGAGGAUGAUAAUAGAAGCGAUCACGGGAUCGAUAAACUGAAGGAAAAAGCUAGAGGAUGGGAGGCGACAAAAAUAAGCUACGCAAGUGCGCAACACGCAAUACAUAUCCAUUUUAACG